AAAUUAUUGGAUACAAUGUAUGAUAUUCCAAGAUUGGAAACUAUACAAUCAUUAUUACUUUUAAGUAUGUCUGAACUUGUUCCAUCAAGAUUCGAUAAUGGUUACAUGUUUCUUGGCAUGGCCAUUCAAAUGGCACAUCUGUUACGCAUAGAUGUAAUCGAUGAUUCUUUGGAUCCUGGUCAUACUUUAAAUAUAAAUAUAGCAAUAAAAGUAUAUAAUGUUGUCAAUUUCAUUAGAUGGCAUUCAUUCCUUUUAGCAAAACCUCCUGUGAUCGAUUUUGUGGCCAAUCGAGUUCCUUUACCAAAAUUAGCUUCAUUUUCUCAGUUAGUUAAGGAUCACUUUAUAGCGUUUGUAGAACUUUCUCAUAUUCUUGGACGUAUUUGGACUUUCGGUUAUUCUCCUAGUUCUAAACCUUCAUGUGAAGAUUGGCGCCAUCAUUUAGCAAAUCCUUUAAGUGAUCUUAUGAAAAUACGUUCUUCAUUAGCAAAUUGGUUAAAAAAAUUACCAAACACGUUACAAUACCUUUAUCUUCCUGCUACGGAUUUGAGAAGUAUUUAUCAACUAGCAAGCUUUUCGGAUUUUACCGGAUUUAUAAAUAUGCUUUUUCAUACUUGCAUAAUUCUUGUCCAUAAACUCUAUAUACCAAUACCUCAACCACAUACAAAUCAAAAUCAUAAAUCAUUACAACACAGUCCAAUUCAAAUUUGUCUCAAUUCAGCUAUCGCAAUUAUUGAUAUUGCAAAAACAACUCGAGAAUUCGACGCUGAUGCAUUUUAUCACUUUCUGUUUCCAGUAUAUUCAUUAUUACAAGCUACAACAAUACAACUCGUUAUUAUGAAUAUAUCAAAAGAAUAUGAAUCAUUAGUCAAAUUAACAUUAGAAAAUUCAAUCAAAGAAGUAAAAUUGAUUUCUAAACGUUGUGGACUUAGUGUAUUACAGGAUGCAGUAAAUGAAUUGGAAAAUAUU